AGGCAUCAAAACGUUUUCAGGAAGCAGCAGAGAGGAGGAGUAGAGCCGACAUUUGUUGUUGUUGUCGCCCGUGCUGUCUCUCCUCCCUGCCUGACAGUCUGGCUGGCCGACUAGCGGAGUGUUUUCCCAGUGUAGGUCAAAGUCUCUCCCCCGGCGGAUGAAUGGCAAUGACGGCGGUGAGAGCGGUGGCAUCGGGGGGCCCGGCGUCUUUGUCCCGGUUUCGGGGGGCGCUGGUGGCGGCUGUGCUGGGAGAUUGUGUCGGCGGAGAGUUUGAAGGAGCAGAGGAGGUGCCCAUGGAGAGUGUGCUGCAGCAUCUGAGCAGCCUGGACGACGAGACCAAGGGGAAUGGUAUCCUCGAGUACAGUGAUGACACGGCAAUGGCACGCUGUGUAGUCCAGUCUCUCCUCACCCGUACCGGCUUUGAUGAGCAGGACAUGGCUCGCAGGUUUGCUAAAGAGUACAGCGCGUCCCCUGGCCGUGGUUAUGGUUCUGGAGUGAUCCAGGUGUUGAAGAAGCUGUCCUCCCCUCAGCUCAGUGAUGUGUACCAGCCGGCCAGGGACCAGUUUAAUGGUAGAGGCUCUUUUGGGAACGGAGGAGCCAUGAGGGCGGCCCCCUUCGCACUGGCUUUCCCAGAUCCUGUUGAUGUUAAAAGGUUUGCCCGUCUUGGCGCCAUGCUGACUCACUCCUGCUCUUUGGGUUAUAACGGGGCCAUCCUGCAGGCGUUGGCUGUCCACCUCUCUCUGCAGGGGGCGCUAGACCUGCCCCAGCAGUUUAUCAGCAGGCUAAUCACAGAGAUGGAGGAAGUGGAGGGCGACGAGGCGGCACGGAAUGAUGCCAGAAUUCUAAAGGAAGCAGAGAAGCCAUUCUGUGAGCGCCUCCACAGAGUCAGAGACCUGAUGGACAGGAGCAAGGUCAGCAUAGAGGAGGUCAUCUCUGAGCUGGGUAACGGCAUCGCAGCACUCCACUCAGUCCCUACUGCCAUCUUCUGUGUCCUCCACUGCCUGCAGCCCAGAGAAUGCCUUCCAGAGAACUACGGCGGCCUGGAGAGAACAAUAGCGUACAGCCUGGCCCUGGGAGGGGACACAGACACCAUAGCGUGCAUGGCAGGGGCAAUCGCCGGGGCCCACUAUGGCAUCGAGGCUAUCCCUCAGUCAUGGAUAAAGUGCUGCGAGGGGGCGGAAGACGCAGACAUGAACGCAGAGCGUCUUCACAUGCUGUACCACCAGUCAUCACAGGGAGGCGGCAGCGGGACAGGAGAGCAGAGCACUGAGGACGCAUCUGAAAGUCGGUCAAAUGCAUCUAACGGCACAGAGAAGAAACCUGGAGAUUAGUGAGUCUUCAACUGGAGUUUGACAAAAGGACUCUCAAAUACACACACACACACACACACACACAAACACACAAAUUACACACUUACACUCGGACUGUGUUGGUUAACUGAGAACUUGUGAUUAAGGACUAGCUAUUUCAACAUCCCAACAUUAUUUUACGUGUCAAAACAGUUUGUUAUUUUCUGAGACCUUCAAGAUUGCAACAAUAAAAAAACAGAAUUUGUCAGGUAACAGGAAAGUGAAGCUGAACAAACAAGAAACAUCAAGUGUCAUCAGUCAAAUUAGCUUGACUGUGUGAUACAUUUGUGCAUUCAUACACACGCACACACACACCUCUUUCCCUUCCCUGCUCUCUCCUCUUUAGUGUUGAACAAUCUUUUGUCAUGUGAAAGUUGCACUAUGAAUUGGCCGUUUCUUGUUUUAUCCUUUUGGUGGAUAACAAUUAUUUAAUAAACUUUUUUUUCUUAAAUUCA